AAUCAUUGCACUUUUAGGUGCGUAGUUUUGUUCGUGUUCGUAACGCCUUACACUGUCAUAAAUACGAGUUUUACGAUAUCGUUUGUUUGAUUAUAGAAUCAAUGAAGAAUCAGUAAAAGAAGAAAACAUAAAUUAUGCCUGAAGAUGGCCAACCUCCAAGACGGUUUGGGUCAGCCUUUCACCGCUUUCCUGGGCGUGAAUUCCAUUAUGAUUUUGUCAUGAUGGAUCACAGCUACUCAAAACCAUGGAGUGCGCAUCCAGAUGCCAGCAAUGCCUAUCCAGUCAAAGUGCUGUACAUGUCCAAGUUGCCACGAUCAACAGACAAGACUCCCAGUGAACCUGUUAAUAUUGAUGUUCAGCAAGUGUCGCCUUCACCAGCUUUGCCAUAUGACUUAUCAAAGGCACGGAAUUUGAUGAAUGAGUGCGAGAGACAUGCUAAUCUUGUCCGAACCGAAGAUGCUGGCCAGGACUGGGAAGACCACAUUACACGUGCUGGCUGGAGUAUGCAGCAGAAUCGUCUUUUCAACAAAGUUAUUAAGGCAUUACAGAUGGACAAACUGGCUAGACUCGCUUACGAAAGACUGGAUAAUGAGCCCAUCAUGAGACGUAUUCACAUUGACAAGACGGCUCGAAGAGUUCGCCAAGCUUUGGCCAGUGUUAACUGGGACAUGAAGUUAGCCCAGUGGCUGCACUGUUUCCUGAUGGAGAACCUGAGUCUACAGUUGCUGGCUGCAUACCUCGACGUCAUGCAGACACUCAAAAGCAAGAUACCGUCGCUGAUUGAGAGAAUGAUGUCUUCAUUCAUUCCUCGACUGUCAGCUGUUUCCCAAGAUACUAUGAAUCUCUUACUUAAGCGAUCGUGGGAUCCGGUACAGAAUGUGCUAUCUCAGCAGAAACUUAAGAAACUACCAGGCAAUCCCUUGCUUCUGAUUGCCCCAAGCGGUCCGAUACAGCCGCAUCUGACGAACUCGAAGCGCUACAAGUUCUGGAACAGCCAGCUAGCCAACCUGGGCAAGGUUGUUCCAGUCACGAUGCACACGGCUAGUGGGGGAAGUGGAGUGGCAAUAGCCCAGUGCCUAGAACACAUGAUUGGAGCUGUGCGCACCAAAGUGUUAGAGUCUAAAGGCCACACUCAGAAUCGUCCAAUCAUCUUAGUGGGAUGGAAUAUUGGAGCUCUUGUUGCUUGUCAUGUUUCAUUGGUGGAAUCGGUGACUGCAGUUGUCUGUCUUGGUUUUCCAAUGUGUGGCAUAAAUGGAGUGCGAGGGGAUGUUGAAGAUUCACUGUUGGACAGUAAAACCUGUACAUUGUUUGUGAUUGGUCAGCAUGCGGACAUGUGCAGUAUUGACGCCAUUGAAGAUCUGCGUGAGCGUAUGAAGGCUGAAAAUAGUUUGCUGGUUGUAGGGGGCGCUGACGACAACCUCCGACUGUCCAGGGCCAAGAAAAAGAAGGAGGGAAUAACUCAGGCUAUGGCUGACCGAGCCAUUUUGGAUGAAAUCUGUGAGUUCUUGGGUGGAGUUUUGUGCCAAUCUGCCAUGGCGACAGACGUUCAAGAAAUUGGAGAAUUUGAGUUGAGAAAUAAGAAAAAACGAAAGAUCUCGAGAGACCUGUCUACCGAUUACCCGACACUUGCAAUACAAAGAGGGGCACCGAAGAAGACUGUAGCUACGACUGGAGUGUAUCCUGGUCUGACAUUCACCACUCAGGUGAAACCAAACGAUUGGUCCGCAGCUCCAGAUCGGAAACCAGCCCCACGAAAGCGACAGGCUAGAAGCCCUUUAUCAGGUAUACCCAGAAAGAAGAUAACCUUAUUAUCGAGCUACCAAGCAGCCACGUCUGUGAAGACGUCACUUGUCCUCUCCUCCCUUCCACAGAUGGCUAAGCCCAUAUUCACCGUUCCUGGAGCCAAGGAGCUGUCAGGAUUACUGCAAGGCGUAAAGAAUCCCGCAGAUCAAGAUUUUGCUGCCAAGACGAGCACGAUAACCACUAUUCCCCUGUCCAAGUUGCUGACAUCUACCAGCACCACAACAUCUGCCAGUGAGAAAGGAGCAACUCUGAAAUAUUUAGCAUCUGUGGUGAAGGAAGGCCAAAGUGACGAGGAUAAAGCGGCGUGGCUGGCGACUCAGGGAGGAAGCGGAACUCACAAGAUUCUGCUGAAGACUCGGACAUCGUCACCGUUCACUAUCCCACUGUCCAUGGCGCAGAAGCUGGUGAACGGAUCCCCCUUACUUCACAUUACAUCCGCAUCCACCACACCCACUCAGAUCCACCAGCUGUUGUCAUCGGUUACCAGAGCAUCGUCGUUGUCUCCUAUGGGCAAAACCAUCCUGAUCACCAGUGAAAACAUCACGUCGGCUGCAAACUCUCCAAUUCUGUCUCUCGCUAGCUCGAAAAAAACUCCCGUCACGGUUUUCACACCCAAAGUUGUCUCUUCGUCACAGAAACUGAAAACGGUGGCGUUAGUGUCUCCGUCUCCCGACCAAGAAAAGGUCAAAGAAAUACAAAGACUCCAGUUCCAUGACUUCCCUCUGACGACCGCAACUCUCACAAAGUUGUCUGGAUCUUCGACAGUCACCCAAGCAAAGAUUUUAGGAAACAGUCAGCAAAUGGAUAUGAGCAAGUCGAUUGGGAAUAUCACAACCAAGUCUGCUAGUGUAAUGUCAGGCAACAAGAGUCUGAUAAAUCCAGGCACAUUAACGAUUCCUCUCUCCGCAGUGACUACAAAGGCUGGAACACACAGUCCAGUCCUGAUCUCAAGUUCAGAUGUUGGUAUGUAUAAGAUACAGACUGGGACAGCAUUGUCGGCGUCAACAUUUGCCGUGACGUCACCAUCAGUUUCACAGGUGGGUACAUCAUCAGUCAGAUCUUCUCUUGUUUCCAGUGAGACAAUAGGGAAAGUGCCCUUUGUGUUAGAAUCGAGUCCAUCUGUGGCUGUGAGUGUUACAACUGCUGCGUCUGUGGCUUCUAGUUCAAACCUGCCUGGUAAUGAUGAACAAAGAUCUGUAACUUUGUCACUGGCAGCGUCAUCAUCAUCAUCAUCAUCAUCAUCAUCAUCAUCAGAAACUGUUGUGACCGACUCACUAGUUCAGUUGACAUCGGUGAAAUUGGAUUCAGUUGUUAAGACAACAGCAUUGAAAUCUGAGUCACCUGUUUUUUCCCCAUCAGUGCAAUCAGCUGUUUCACAAAUUUCAGCCUCUUCAGAGAAAUCUGUCUUGUCUGUUGUCCCAUCUUCAGUGGAAGUUGGAUUCCCUGUUGUGACGUCUUCAGGGUACUCUGUUGUUUCGGGCUUGGAGAAAUCAACACCGCCAAUUGUGACAACUUCGGUGCAGUGGGAUUCGCCAGUUCUAACACCUCUGGUGAAAUCCAUUUCAUCGGACGUGGCAACUGCAGGAAAAUCCACUUCAAAACCGGUUUCCUCCUACUCCACAAUAUCCAAGCCUAUUCUGCGUCCCAUUGCAUCCACACGGACACGCAGAAUAAAGACCCCAAAACAGUAUGAUCUCUGAAUAGCUAGUGUACAAAAUGUUAGCAAUCUCUGACUAGCUUGUAUACAAAAGGUUGUGGUUUAUCUCUGAAUAACUUGUGUACAAAAUGUUAGCAAUCUCUGAAUAGCUUGUGUACAAAAGGUUGUUGGUAAUCUGUGAACAGCUUGUGCACAAAAUGUUAUCGGCAAUAUCUGAAUAGCUUAUGUACAAACUGUUAGCAAUCUCUGAAUAGCUUGUGUACAAAACGUUGUUGUCGGUAAUCUGUGAACAGCUUGUGUACAAUGUUUUUAUUGGCAAUCACUGAAUAGCUUGUGUACAAAAGGUUGUUGGCAGCAGUGUGGCUGGGAGAUGAGAGCUGGAUCCUUAAUCAGUAUAGGGCAAAGAAUAAAUGAAUGUUUAACAACACAA